AUGCUUAAAGCCCUGCAUAUUAUCCCGACUUUCUCAGAUAAUCCCGCUGCCAACGCGAAGACUAUUCGCGCUCUCGAUUAUUUCGAUUUCAUCCAGAUCUUCCCGGCGACUAAGACUCAGCAUUUUGCGAAAAUUCAUCAGGCCAGCGGUGUUGCAUAUGAGGAUAUGCUGUUCUUCGACGACGAGACGCGGAACCGCAAUGUUGAGACGGAGCUUGGAGUUACAUUUUGUCUCGUGCGGGAUGGUAUGACGUUGGACGAGAUGGAUCGCGGUGUCCGGGCUUGGAGGAAGAGAAAUGGCAUUAAGUAA